AUGCCUGGGGAUGACUUGAGACAAAGUUCCAUUGCGAUCCUCGAUGUUCCCCUACGUGGCCUCGAUGUGAGUAAGCUCACACUCGAGAUCAUUGAGAAAGAGGAGGGGAAAGGGGAACAAGACCACAACCGCAAAGGCAGGCGAGAAGACGAAUACUGCAAAACGGCCUCCUUCUUUGCCUAUUAUUAUCGAGACCCAUGUAGAACAGCAUUUCAAGCGACUGUAGAAGACGUUGUUUGUCAACCACCUAUGUCGAAUUUCUCAGCUCUAGCCAUGAGAGAACAAUUCCAAUUACGCGGCUGCUCCUCUACCCUCUAA